GCCUAUGCCAUCUGCAUGUCAGAAUCUAUUAAAUGCAUGCUGGGAACUGUCUCCAUCUCCUUUCUCUUCAGCCUGACCAUCCAUCUGUCCACCUAUUUGUAUCUGCAGUCUUUCCCCUCCUUCCUCUAAGAUCUCCCUCUACCACUCGCCCUCUCAUUAGAGCUGCUGAAUUAUUUAACAUCAGACAGUGGGCUUGGCUGCUGAGCCAGAAGGAGAUGAAGAGGAGAGGAGGAAAAGCUGGAGAGACGGGGAAGCAUGGAGGUGUCCGAUACUGCGGGAAGUCGUGAGUCAGCAGGGAGAGAAAGGAACAGUGGGAGGGAGGAGUGAAGGAGUUUAUAGAUAGCUUUAGGUGAUACGACAGGAGAGAGUGGCGUCAAAUGCCUCCCGGUGCGUUUGUGUCCGUGUUUGUGCAUGCGCGCAUCGAUUGAGCGGAGAAGGUCAUGGAGCUGAGAGGAGAUUAGCAAACUAGACUCGGAGUAGGGGGAGCACGGCAGCAGAGCUAACGCCUCCUCUGAAUAGCGCAGAAACAGGAGGGCUCAAUACAAAAAGGACAAGAGGAGCUGUUGCAGUAUGGGGGAGAGCUAUAUGUACCAGCGACUCCCCUACACCAGAGGAGAGGGGGAGGGGGAGGACGAAGAGGCGGGAGACAGGAGUGUCGGUGGACAAAUGAUGCAGUGUGAGGAGGGCACAGAGUGGCUGCUGGAGCUGCUGACAGACGUGCAGCUGCAGCAGUACUUCCUGCGGAUCCGUGAUGAUCUCAACGUCACACGACUCUCACACUUUGACUACGUCAAGAAUGAAGACCUGGAGAAGAUCGGCAUGGGACGCCCAGGUCAGAGGAGGCUCUGGGAGGCAGUCAAGAGGAGACGAGCCCUUUAUAAAAGAAAAUCCUGGAUGAGCAAGGUGUUUCCAGUGAAACGACCAGACGCUGACACGCAGCAGCCCCACGGGGCAUCGUCUGCUGAAGUCCCGGCCAGUAGUGAGUCAGGGGCCGCGCUCACCUGCCUGAUUAGAGAGUCGGAGCUUCAGCUGUUCGAGCGGCUUGGAGACGGGACAUUCGGGGUGGUGCGGCGAGGAGAGUGGACUGCACCCAACGGCAGAGUGUUGUCAGUGGCAGUAAAAUGCCUGAAAUCAAAUGUACUGGACUCAGACGGUCUGGAUGAUUUCAUCAGAGAGGUGAAUGCCAUGCAUUCACUGAGCCACCAAAACCUCAUCCGCCUGUAUGGCAUCGUCCUCACACAGCCUAUGAAGAUGGUGACUGAGCUGGCUCCUCUGGGCUCCCUGUUGGAUCGGCUCAGAAAGCGGCAGGGUCACAUCCUCAUCUCCUCGCUGUGUAACUAUGCCGUGCAGGUGGCCUGUGGGAUGGCUUACCUGGAGCAGAAGCGUUUCCUCCACAGGGACCUCGCAGCCCGUAAUGUGCUUCUGUCCACCAAUGAAACUGUGAAGAUCGGAGACUUUGGCCUAAUGAGGGCACUGCCUAAACACACCGACCAAUACGUCAUGGAGGAAGGCCACAAAAUCCCUUUCCCAUGGUGUGCUCCAGAGUCUCUGAAGUCUCGCACUUUCUCUCACGCAUCUGACACCUGGAUGUUUGGGGUCACCCUUUGGGAGAUGUUCACCCACGGACAGGAGCCGUGGCUGGGUCUGAAUGGGAGCCAGAUCCUUCACAAGGUGGACGUGGAAGCUGAGAGGCUGUGUAAACCAGACGAUUGUCCUCAGGAUAUCUACAAUGUGAUGCUGCAGUGCUGGAGCCCCAAACCUGAAGACAGACCAACUUUCAUUGCCCUCAGAGACUUCCUGCUCGAGACCAUGCCCACAGAUAUGAGAGCCCUGCAGGACUUUGAGGAGGAAGACAAGCUCCAGAUUACAAUGAAUGAUGUAAUCACCAUCAUUGAAGGAAGGGCAGAGCACUACUGGUGGCGAGGUCAGAACAGGCGCACACUGCGUGUCGGUCAGUUUCCCCGUCAUGUAGUGACGUCAGUCGCCGGUCUUUCCGCCCAGGACAUCAGCCGGCCACUUAAACACUCUUUUAUACACACUGGACAUGGAGACACAGACCCCCAGAGGAGCUGGGGACACGCAGACCGCAUAGACAGCCUGUACUUGGGGAACCCCAUGGACCCUCCUGAUGUCCUGGGAAUGGAUUCAGGCAUUGCGAGACCGACCAAACUUCCCAACCGUGCCAAGAAGCUACCUCCCCCUCGUCCACCCCAACCAGCCGUUCUGCUCAAGAAGCCGUUCUACGACUCUGUGAUGGACGAUUACGAUGACGAGGAAGACGCCAGCGCGUCGUCUGGGUUGAAGAAGCUGGGAGCAUCCCUGGGUCUGAAGCUUCGGCCGUGGGAGGGGACAGGCGUGCGUUCAGCCAAGAGCGAGGUGUCGCUUAUUGACUUCACAGAUGACAGUUUCAGCUCUACCACACCUUCUCCGCUCACUGAGUCUCGGCAGCUGGAUGAGGACACCCUAAAGGACACUCCCUCCAUUCUGGACUGGCCUCUCCCCCAGCCAGCGUACGAUGAAGUUACUGCAGAGCCUGCGGAUCAAUCAGAGGACCAGGAAGUGCGGUCCAUAUACAAAGGGUUGACUGAAGAAGCUUCUUCAUCCGCUGGUGGUGGCUUGACAGGAAGGAGCGAAUCCCAGUCAGCUGACCUCUUCCAGGAGCUACAGAGGGAGGUGAUGGUGAAGCUGCAGGUUCCAAUGGCAACAGGCCGCUCCCUCCCCUCCUCCCCACUCCCCAUGCCUCUGGCUCCUUUGGGCCCGCACCGACAGAUCUAUCUUCCCCCUCCAUCUCCCUCGUCUGCCUCCUCCUUCGCCUCCUGCUUUGAGGACAGGCCUGUGCUGCCUCCUCGCAGUCCCGUCCCUCCUCUGCGUCCCUCCAAACACAACCUCUCCGCCCGUGCCAUAAACCCAGAAGCACGCACCAGCUCCAUUUCACUGGGCAACGAUGAUGACACACCUCCUCAGAUCCCACCCAGAGACCACGCCUUUUCUCAGCCAGGCUCCCGCUCCUCGUCACCUGUAGCAUUGCCACCUCCUCCUCUCGCCGUCUCGCCCCGUCGGGCAUCGGGACUGCUGGGUCCACUCCUGUCCUCCAACUCUCCAUCGUCGUCUUCCUCUUUGCCUCAAGCUUCAUCCCAUUCCUCACGCUUAGGACUUCCUGGCUCAUCGUACUCCUCCACGUCCUUACUGGAUCCACUCGCCUUUCGUGAGGGGCGUGGCCUUUCCUCACUGAUUGACAGUUCGCAGAGCUCUGCCCCCGUUCCACUGCCGGAGAGACCAGCUUUCCUGGAGAGAUACGGAGCAGCCAACAUGGCGGCAGUCAAACCUAUGAUGCAGCAGCACCCUAGUGGAGCCAAACCGAACACCUCCUACAACAACAAUAACGGCCGAGCUGCAGCUCCCAGCAUUCAACGGGAACAGAGCAUCACACAGGUCCAAGGAGCUGUGCACGGUGUCACGAUAGAGGAGUGUCAGGCUGCUCUGCAGAGCCACGAGUGGAGCAUCCCUCAGGCCAUAAACCAUUUAAAGGUCGAGCAGCUGUUUCGGCUAGGGCUGCGUUCAAGAGCCGAGUGCGAGGAGCUGCUGCAGCAUCACCAGUGGGACCUGGAACAUGCCAGCACGGUCAUGCUGGACACAUACGGACCACAUCGCAACAGGUAA